AAAUGCGUGCGCGCCCCUUCAACGCUCUCUUUCCUUUCCUCCAUUUUGUGAGACGCGGUGCAACCGGAGCUGAAACCAUGCAGCUGUUUGUGCGAGCUCAGAAUCUCCACACCCUAGAGGUGUCCGGACAGGAGACUGUGUCACAGAUCAAGGAACACAUCUCCUCCCUGGAAGGCAUUCCCUCUGAAGAUCAAGUGAUUCUUCUCGCUGGCGCCCCUCUCUCUGAUGAAGCUACCCUUCUGCAGAGCGGAGUAUGUGAACUUAGCACCCUUGACGUAGCUGCACGACUUCUGGGAGGUAAAGUUCACGGAUCUUUGGCCCGUGCCGGAAAAGUACGAGGGCAGACCCCAAAGGUUGCCAAGCAGGAGAAGAAGAAAAAGAAGACUGGCCGGGCAAAGAGACGCAUGCAGUACAAUAGGCGCUUCGUGAACGUGGUUCCCACAUUCGGCAAGAAGAAGGGACCAAACGCCAACUCCUAAUUUGUCAGGAAAAUGACUUAAUAAACUGUUGAUCUAUAA